CCUCCCCGAUCAGCUCAGAACCAGAGAGCAACAGAGAGAGCAGGGAAGAAAUCGGAGAAGCAGGAGAAAUCCGCCCGACUCUAGGUCUCAGAAUCGAUCGGCGAAAUGAGGAGCAGGAGCGGGAAGGGGUGACCCCGCCGGGCCAGCACCGACGAUUUCGAGGCCGGCCGGCCGCCGCGUUCGCCGGCGACCACCAACAGCGGCGUUGCCCUCUUCCGGCGCCUUCGAGGCCACCUACCUCGGGUAACCGCGGUGCAGAGGCUGGCUGACCUCGCUGAGGUCGGUCGUGUCAGGAUUUUCUUCAUUCUGGGGUUUGCAUAGUGUGAUCGGACCGAAUGGCGGCGCCUUCGUCGUCGCACCAUGUCGAGUUGGAGGCGGCCAAGUUCCUGCAGAAGCUCAUUCAAGAAUCCAAAGACGAGCCUGCCAAGCUGGCUACGAAACUCUUUGUGAUAUUGCAACACAUGAAGUCGAGCGGGAAAGAACACUCGAUGCCGUAUCAAGUAAUAUCAAGGGCUAUGGAGACUGUGAUUAAUCAACAUGGUCUCGAUAUUGAGGCCUUGAAGUCUUCACGCCUUCCUUUAUCGGGGGGAAGUCAAACAGGAGAAGCUGCCGCACCUACACAUGCUGGAUCUUCACAAGCGGCCCUCCCUACCACAGCAGGCCUGGCUGAAAAUGAGAUGUCUAAGAGCGAUCCAUUUUCUUCAAAUAGGCAACCAGUUGGUCCAAACGUUGGACCUGUUUAUUUUCACGAAUCCGCAGCGCAUAGAAGUGGUCAUUCACUCGAAAAUGAAGGUUUAUCCAGUUUUGACCCAAGGUCUGCUGGUUUACAGUCACAGGAAAGGCAUGAUCAGGCAAGUUGGGGAAGACAGCCGGAGGGUAGAAAGCUCGACACUAAGAGAAAAAGAGGAGACUCAUCAGGUGCUGAAUCAAAUGCCGAGAAUUUCCAGAAAGUCGAUUCCUCUAAUUCUUUGGUCCAUCAGAGGAAGGGAAAAAUGAACAAGGUUGAACCACUGGGGAGUUCAAUAGUUGGAGUUUCAAGAUCCAGGCUGGAAGAUCAAAUGCAGGCGGGUGGUUCUUCACAUGGUUUUGCUCAUAAGAUGCAUGGUGAAAGAAGCAUGGAAGUCCUUCCUGUUGCAAGUUCUACCGAGAUUGAGCAGAGCAUGAGCAAAAGUGCCUCCCAAUUCAUAUCCUCUGCUCGAAGGGACGACGUUUCUACUGCUGUUGGCUCUGGAAGUCUGUUGGAACAUGAUAGAGGAAAGUCAAGCUUUCUAGACCAUGCAAGAAGGAACAUUCAGGAUCCUGGGCAGAAUAGUGUCUCCGAAGCGAUGUUGCCUAGAAGUUCGACUUUCAAAGAGACAGGGAAACGCCUUUCUGUCCCUGGCAUGCUGUUUAAGGAACAACAGUUAAAACAACUCAGAGCUCAGUGCCUCGUUUUCUUAGCCUUCAGGAAUGGUAUGGCACCAAAGCCUUUGCACCUGGACAUAGCUCUUGGAAAUAUGUAUCAAAAAGAAGGUGGCUCUAUGGAUGGACAUCGACCUGAGCUAGUUGCUUCUAAAGAAGUUGCACAAUUGUCUAAUGAGCCCUCAAAAGUUCCUAAUCUGGCAAAUCCACUUGGUAGACUGAAUAAGGUCGGGGAAACUGAGAGAAACUACCCAGCUUCAGCAGCUGGAAAUCUAUUGGGUUCCAAUUUUUCGAAAGAAGCCAACCAGCCAAAGCUGUUGGAGAUUAGUGGCAAAUCAUCUUUAGACCAUAACGCUCAUGAAGAAGAAAGGAGACGCCUUAUAGCUAAUAAAAAUCUGGAGUCUGAGAUGCAAAAUCAAAGUGACUCACAGUUUCGUGGUGAUACCCGCCAGCCAAUAGUAUCAAGUGCUAUGGAGUUGGGAGUUGGCGGUCAGGUCGGAAAUGUCGAGAAGGAUAGAAGAGCUUUUAUCGAUGAACAUCACAAUGGAAUUCUGAUGGAUGCUGAAAAUGGGAUGCCAAGAAGUGUAUCUCGUGAAGUGCCAGCAGUGGGAGCAGAAGAGGAAGAAGAAGAUAACUCACCCUCUUGUGGGCUGCCACCUCCAAAGCACACCAUGUUGGAGAAGUGGAUUAUGCAUCAGCAGAGAAUAAAAUUCUCUGAUGAGCAGAACUGGUCUCAAAAGCGGCAGAAAGCUCGGCAAAGAAUUGCCACGUCCUUUGAGAGGUUAAAGAAAUCUGUGAGCUCUUCUGAGGAUUUGUCCACAAAAACCAAAAGUGUCAUUGAAUUGAAAAAGCUGCAGCUAUUGGCGCUUCAACACCGUCUGCGGAGUGAUUUUAUGAAUGAUUUCUUUAAACCAGUAGUGGCUGAAAUGGAUCACUUGCGAUUAUUCAAGAAACAUAAACAUGGUCGCAGGACAAGACAGAUAGAAAGAUAUGAACAGAAAAUGAAGGAAGAACGUCAAAAGAGAAUUCGUGAGCGGCAGAAGGAGUUCUUUGGUGAUCUAGAAGUUCACAAAGAACGACUCGAUGAUGUGUUUAAGAUUAAGAGAGAACGAUUGAGGGGUUUUAACAAGUAUGUGAAGGAAUUUCACAAAAGGAAAGAAAGAAUACAUCGUGAGAAGAAUGACAGAAUCCAGCGUGAGAAGCUCACUCUACUUAAGAUCAAUGAUGUUGAGGGGUACCUGCGCAUGGUACAGGAUACGAAAUCAGAUCGUGUUAAGCAGUUGCUCAAAGAAACUGAGAAGUAUCUUCAGAAGCUUGGUUCCAAGCUACAAGAGGCGAAGGCAGUGGCAAAACGCUGUGACAAUGAUAUUGAUGAAGAACAAUCUUUAAAUGUAUUGGACAAGAGUGAAUCUAUUUUUGAGAAUGAAGAUGAUUGUGACCAGGCAAAGCACUAUAAAGAGAGCAAUGAAAAAUACUACAUGAUGGCUCACAGCAUAAAAGAGAGUAUAGCAGAGCAGCCAACCACUCUAAAAGGUGGAAAGUUGAGGGAGUACCAAUUAAAUGGUCUAAGAUGGUUGGUCUCUCUGUACAACAAUCAUUUAAAUGGAAUACUUGCCGAUGAAAUGGGCCUUGGUAAAACUGUUCAGGUUAUUUCCUUAAUUUGUUAUCUGAUGGAGGCAAAAAAUGACCAAGGGCCUUUUCUAGUUGUUGUACCUUCUUCGGUUUUACCCGGCUGGGAGUCUGAAAUCAAGUUCUGGGCCCCUGGCGUGCUUCAAAUAGUCUAUGCUGGUUCUCCAGAAGAAAGACGUAGAUUAUUCAAGGAAAAAAUUGUUCAUCAGAAGUUCAAUGUCCUUCUGACAACAUAUGAGUAUCUUAUGAACAAGCAUGACAGACCGAAAUUAUGCAAAAUACACUGGCGCUACCUUAUCAUUGAUGAAGGUCACAGAAUUAAGAAUGCUUCUUGCAAGUUGAAUGCUGAGUUGAAACACUAUCAGAGCUCCCACAGAUUGCUUUUGACUGGGACACCAUUACAGAACAACCUUGAGGAGCUGUGGGCGCUACUUAACUUCUUAUUGCCAAAUAUUUUCAACUCAUCAGAGGAUUUUUCUCAGUGGUUCAACAAACCAUUUGAGAGCAAUGGUGAUAAUUCACCAGAUGAAGCACUGUUGUCUGAGGAGGAGAAUCUUUUGAUUAUCAACCGGCUUCACCAAGUUCUUCGACCAUUUGUGCUUCGAAGGCUGAAACACAAGGUUGAAAAUCAGCUUCCCGAAAAGAUUGAAAGGCUAAUAAGAUGUGAAGCCUCUGCAUAUCAAAAGCUGCUGAUGAAGAGAGUGGAACAGAAUCUGGGGUCUCUGGGGAAUUUUAAGGCACGGGCAGUGCAGAACUCUGUAAUUGAGCUUAGGAAUAUAUGCAAUCAUCCUUAUAUCAGUCAGCUUCAUGCAGAUGAGGUUGAUAGUUUAAUCCCCAGGCAUUAUCUGCCUCCAAUCAUCAGACUCUGCGGGAAGCUAGAGAUGCUAGAUCGUUUGCUGCCGAAACUGAAAGCUACGGAUCAUCGUGUUCUGUUCUUUUCCACAAUGACGAGGUUGCUUGAUGUAAUGGAGGAAUAUCUCGGCAUGAAACAGUAUCGCUAUCUUCGUUUGGAUGGGCACACAUCUGGGGGCGACCGUGGUGCUCUUAUUGACUUAUUCAACAAGCCUAAUUCUCCCUUUUUUAUAUUUUUACUGAGCAUCCGUGCUGGUGGUGUUGGAGUAAACCUUCAGGCAGCUGAUACUGUAAUCAUAUUUGACACUGACUGGAAUCCACAGGUCGAUCUCCAGGCACAGGCUAGAGCACAUAGGAUUGGCCAGAAAAAGGAUGUACUGGUUCUUCGAUUUGAAACGGUUCAAACUGUAGAAGAACAAGUGAGAAAAUCAGCGGAGCACAAGCUUGGAGUUGCCAAUCAGAGUAUUACUGCUGGCUUUUUUGAUAAUGACACCAGUCCAGAGGAUCGAAGAGAAUACCUAGAGUCUCUGCUUAGAGAGUGCAAGAAAGAGGAAGCUGCUCCUGUCCUAGAUGAUGAUCGUCUAAAUGACAUUUUAGCCCGCAGCGAGCCAGAGAUUGAUGUGUUCGAGUCAAUUGACAAACAAAGACAUGAAGAGGAGAUGGCCACAUGGGCAAAAUUGGUACAUGGACGGGAGAAAGAUGAUUCGAAACCUCUACCUCCAUUGCCUCCUCGCCUAUUGACUGAUGAUGAGUUGAAAGAAUUUUAUGAAGCAAUGAAGGUGUAUGAAGUAUCAAACAGCGGGAUGACGUCGACAAAUGGUGUGAAGCGGAAAUCUGGGUAUGCAGGCAGCCUUGAUACUGAACAAUAUGGACGGGGCAAGCGUGCAAGAGAGGUGAGGUCAUACGAAGAGCAAAUGACUGAAGAGGAAUUUGAGAAAAUGUGUCAAGUCGAAUCUCCUGGAUCUCCUAAGUUGAAGGAUGAAGAUGUAAAAACAAACUUACCUGUAGAGCCCAAAGGGCAGGCCGUUGUUACACAGCCUUCGGCUCCACUUCCUCUGCCUGUGGCUCCACUUCCUCUGCCUGCAUCAUCUCCUUCUAUACAGCCAUCACCCGUGAGCGCAAAGAAUGAGGUAACACCUCCAGCUAAACGAGGACGAGGAAGACCAAAACGAGUGGUUGCACAUAGUUCUCCAACAGUACCUGUUGUUAUAGCCCCUACUGAAGCUGUUAAACUUCAUGGAGACUCACAAGGAGUUCUUUCUACCCACCCAGCUUCCUCCGGUCUUGAGCAAUCUCAGGUAUCAACUCCUUUGAAAACUGAUGUCAUGGUCAUGCCUCAAUCUGCUGGCGGAUUCACACCUACAUCCCAGGCAAGUCCUUUUCCUCCUACUGUUGGUCCUCAAACUACCCCUGGAAGUCAUUCUGUUCCGCCAGAGGCAAAAGAACCCGGACGGAAGGCUCCAGGUCGAGCGGAAGCACCAAGAGGCAGGGGAAGAAAAAGGGCUGUGGUGGGUCACGCAGCUUCGGAUCACUUACCUAUUCUGGAUCCAACAACAAAGGAGCAAUUUCCGAGUAAAUCUGCUGAUUCAACAAUGAUUAAGACCAUUACUCCCAGUGAAGGUGCUUCCAUUUCUCCUGCAACCCAAGGUCCUCAAUCUACUUCUGCAGCAUUAGUUGGAGUAGAUUCGAGUGGGACAUCGAUUCCUGUUGUAGGAAGUGCUUUGAACUCCAUGCAGCCAUCAGGCCCUUCACCUCUGUCUUCUACUGUCGUAGGUUCUCCAUUGAUGAGUUCUAGCCCUUCCACAGUUUUGGAGAUUAGAGGGGAUAGUCAAAAAAGUCAAAGUGGUGGUGAAGCACCAAGGCGUGGGCGAAGGAGAAAGACUCCCACAUCUCACACUUUAUCUGAUGGCCCUAUUGGUCAGGAUGUGAAAUUGAAUUCAAAAGCAGACCAAACUGGCAAAUUAAGUGUUAAUGAGAUGAAUAAGCUAGAGGUCUUUAGUAUUGAAAUCGGUAAUGUUGGGACUGCAAGAGCUGGUGAGCUCUGUACACCAACAGGUGGAUCUGUUCUGGACACGAAAAAUUCAGACUCUGUUCAAAGCAAGCAGUCAGUGGGCUCAUCAGCAGCUCAAGGUGGUGGCCAUGAUGUCUCAAGUUCCUUAGGUCAAAUUCAAAGUGCUACUUCAGCUGAUGUGGCAUCUGCAUCUUCAAAAAGUGGCGGGCCACCAGGAAGUGCAGGUGGAAGUCCAUUGCCUUUCCCUGUACUAACAAGUACUCUUUUGGAAGGAGCACACGUGGCUUUGUCAACAUCUAAGUCUGCAGCAUCCAUUAGCCUUGAUUGUUCUACACCUUCAGAAAGUAGCAGUAGAGCUGUGUACUCUCAAGACGGGAAAAAUGCUCAUGGCUUCGUUUCAGCCUCAACUUGUCCUCCUGGUUCUGUUCAAGUUACAAGGCAAACUCGUAAAAACCAGGGCAGAGCUGAGACACCCAGGCGGAGGGGCAGGAGGCCGGCUUCUGUUUUGACUCAGGUUCCAGAUGUCUCAUCAGGCAAACAAGAUGUUGAUGGUCAGCAGCUGAUAGAUGUUACCAAGGAUCCAAAGUCUACAUGCCCAACUGAUUCUCCUUCUAAAUUUAAAUCACCUGCCAACUCAACAGGAGGCCAGGACACUUCCUCCAGACCUCAGAGCCUCAAUUUUGGACAAAAGAACAAUGCUGAUGUCCGUUAUGUUGCUACUAUGAUGAAGGAAAUUUUGUCGGAAAACCGGUUGUCCAAAACUAAAAUUGGUGAACGGUUGCAUGGAGAGAGUUUGUGUACCUCAAUCUUGCAAAGUUCAGGUGAUGCUUCUGUUGAGGUGAACAAAGAGCAGAGUGUAAUGAACUCAACUUUUUCAGGUAGAUCAAUUGCAGAAAUGGAUACUCCUGGGGUUGAUCUUCAAACUCAGAGUAAUCAGCAUGAGUUUGAAGGUAGUGGAGCGGUAGAAGAGAAAAAGUUGCCAAUUGUUUCAAAACUUGUAGUCUGUGCCCUUGAAAGUAAGGUAGCCACUGGCUCUUUAGGCACUUUUGUCAAAGGGCAAGUUACUUCUGAAAGCUUGGAUGAAAUGCCUGCUGUUCCUCCUGGUUUUGAGAAAUUUGACAUUUCAGCAAGCAAAAUGAAGAUUGGUGGACAAAGUGAAGUUGUGUACGCACUUCCAUCAGUUGCAAGUGAGACCUCCCGUGAGGUGACUGUAAACCGAACUUCUGAAUAUGCGAAGGAGUCAGCUAUUUCAUCAAAAAAAGUAGCUACAGAUAGUGACAAGAACUCCUCUAUGAGAGAUGAUUCUGUUUCAAACGAGGCUCACGACUCAAGCUCUUGUAUCCGUGAACCUCCAUCCCUGACCACUGUUGGCUCUGCUGAAACAGGCACUGGUUUAACACUACCUGAUGGAGAGUAUUUCGUGAAGGAUGUUGCCACAGAAGUUAUACAUGCAGAUUUAAAUCUUGUAGAAGAAGACAAUGUUAAACAAUGUGCUUCUGACGAUGAGAAUAAACUGAAGACCAUUGAGAAAACCCCUGCAGAUGCAGUAGAAUCGACUGAAAAUUUUUGUCAGAGACAAGCUGCUUGUGGUUCGGACAAUGAGAAUAAAUUCAAGUCCAUGGAGAAAGCUCCUGCAGAUGCUAUAGAAUCGACUGAAAAUUUUUCUCGGAGACAAUCUGCUUCGGUUGAUGGUCACGCAUCCUGCAUGGGGGUGCCUUUGGCAUCUUUAGGCAAAGCAGGGCUGACAGUGACUGGCGUGAAUAGUUUUGGUUCUGAAGCAGAUAUCUCUUGUAGGGACUCCGGGAAGUCUUCUUUUAUUGAUGUUGCCAGUUCUAUUGGCCCCUCCUCAGAGACAACAAUUGGCAGUGAUUCAGGUGGUUGUGAAGUAGAGACAGCAAUCCUUGAGAGUCAAGGCCAUUCUGCUGUGCCUGAUCCUACUGCCUUACAGGAAAGCGAUGCUGAACGAAAAACUGAGCUUCCAUCAGAGGAGCACCUGAAUUCACCCCAUGGCAGCAGCCUCGAUGGCUUCGGAAGAUCAACGAAAAUUGAUGCUGUCAGUGAUUAUCAUGAAGUGGUUAGAUCUUCGCUUUCAGAGCAUUCAGUACAAUUGGUGCCCCCUGAGACUUAUUUGGUUGGUGAUGGCCGAAUAAAUGAUUCCCAGGCUGUUCGGGCUAGCUCAGGAAAUAUCUCAGAAAGUGCUCUCCCCUCGCUCUCUUUGAUGACAGAGGAAGGACAGAGCGUGAAUGCAUGUGAAAAAGUUCAUGUUGGAGGCUCUGAAGCAACCCAGGACAAGGAGACUGCUGUUUGUGAUGCUGUCCCUCAGGUUAGUGAAAUUGUCUCAGGAAGCGUGCCGAAGAACAUGGAUCUGAUGCUAGCUUUGGCGAUGAAAGGAGAUAAAACUGAAGCCCCCUCAGAGAAUGUUCCGAUGACCAGUGGAGUUGCUUUACUGGAAGCAAAAGUUGACGAAGCUCAGACUUCUGACAGAAUGGAAGUUUCUGAGAAUGCUGACAGGGUGUUAGGUAAUUUGUCAAGAAAUGCAGAUUUACCUUUAACAACCAAUGGAGAAAAUUCAGAAAGCUCAAUCCCCAUGGAUAUCGACAUUGGCAGCUCAGUUGUGAAAAUACAAAGAGAAGGGGAGGAGAAUGGUGCUGUAGAUAGAACCAACUUGCCUGUGGUCAACGGGGCUUUGCCUACAUGUAUAUUGGAAGAAACACAUCCCUCUUCAAAUAUCUGUGCAGGUGAAGGACCUAUAGGGGGCUCAAAUGUCAUGUCUUCGGCUGAUUUUGUUGAGACACUGGGUGGAGAAAAACUUGAAGCUGAGGCAGAUGCUUCUCUGGAAUUAGGGAAUGGUUCAGAGAAUCGAUUGGGAGAUGCAUGUCUGCCUUCAUCUUCCAUGGUAAUACAUGAAGGAAAAAGUGACAAUUCACCAGUCAAGGAAAUCAAUGAUGGUGAAAUUGCUUCACAAGGGAGUGAGAUUGUGCCUGAACUUGCAUCAAGAAGCAUGGAAUCUUCUCAAGUGAAUCAGCUCGAGCCCAGAUUGGUAUCUGAAAAACACAUUGCUUCCCCAGUGACAAACAUCGAGUUGUCUGAGAUGAAACCUGGAGUACAAGAAACUGAUAUUGGUGCUGGCAAGGAUAAUUCUCAGUUUGCUGAGGUUCUUCCUGAAGAUGCUUCCGACAGAAAUGAACCAUUACCAAUGCAAAGGACAAGUAUGGAAAAAAUUCAGGAUGACUAUGAGGAGGAAGCAGAUGAGAUUUGCGAUGGGAUUGAUGCUCCUCAUGUUGAUGGGAAUGUACCUGUAAACCUACAUGAGGGAAAAAGUGACAAUUCACCGGUCAAGUGUCCUGUUGAGAGUUCGGCAUCAUUUGAGAAAGUACAAGGGCCUAUCGAGGAAAUCAAUGAUGGGGAAAAUGCUUCACAAGGGAGUGAAAUUGUGCCUGACCUAGCAUCGGGAGACAAGGAAUCUUCUCAAGUAAAUCAGCUUGAGCCCGGAGUGGUAUCUGAAAGACUGGUUUUUUCCCCUGCGACAUACGUCGAGUUAUCUGAGAUAAAACCAGGAGGACAUGAAACUGAUAUUGGUGAUGGCAACGAUACUUCUCACAUUGCUGAGGUUCUUCCUGAAGAUGCUUCCGACAGAAAUGAACCAUUACCAAUGCAAAGGACAAGUGUAGAAAAGAUUCGGGAUGACUAUGAGGAGAAAUCAGAUGAGAUUUGUGAUGGGACUGGUGCUCCUUGUGUUGAUGGGAAUGAACCUGUAAACCUACCACAAAGGAUGGAAUGCUCUCAGGAAGAAUUAGUUGAGGACUCCUCCAAGAAGAGAGCCGACGAGUAUGAAAUUGUUGAUGUGAGAGAUCCUUCUCGGCUUGGGGUUGUACCUGAUGAUGGAUCUAAUGUGGAUCCUACUGAUGUUGCGACUGAACGUACAUCUGGAAGAAGUGAGCCUUUAUCUACCCAAAUUAUAGGCACAGAAAAUGUUCAGGACUCCUUCGAGCAGAAACCAGGACAUGGUACUUCAACUGAUGAUGGAAUAGAUAAUACUCCGGUGGGCGCAGUUGUGCAUGAAAAUCCAUUGGAAACCAUGGAUCCUCCUCAGGUAGUUGAGCUUGAGAAUGCCUUUGACAAAAAUGAACCUUUAUCUUUUCAAUUGACAGAAGAAGAAACUGUUCAGCCUUCCUUUGAGGAGAAACCAGCAGAGCAUGAAACUGCAAUUUGUGAGGGAAUGGAUGCUGCUAAGUUGGGUGGUUCUGUGCGUGAGUAUCCAUCUGAAAGCAUGGAUGUGGAUCCUGUGGAUACAUCUGAGAGAGAUGGACCACUGUCUUUCCAACUGCAAAACAAAGAGAAGAUUGAGGAUUCCUUGGAGGGGAAAGCUAAUGAAAUUGUACAAGGCGAUGGGGGCAUUGCUCUCCUAAUUGAGGAGGGGCCUGAAAAUAUAUCAGAAAGCAAGGACCCCUCUCAGGUUCCUGCAGUUACUUUGGAAGAUGUAUUAGAGGAAAAUUCCUCUUUGUCCUUGCCAACGGAAGAUGAGAAGGUUGAAAUCUCAUCAGAGAGAAAAGAGGAACGGCGUGAUACUGAAUUUGGCAAUGAGAUAGAUGCUUCUCCGGUUGGUGGGGCUGGGCUUGAAAUGGUGCCAAGUGUCGAUGAGUCUCAGUCUGCUAGUAUCGUACCUGAAGAUGUUUGCACUAUUGAUCAGUGCUCUCGCCAAGUGAAGAAUGAAGAGAAAGUUGAGGACCCUGCUGAGGUGAGACUGGAUACUGAAGUUGGUGACGGGAAGCAUACUUCUCCGAUGGGUGCGGCUGUGCUUGAAGAGGUACCCAGUGUUGAUGAAUCUCAGCCUGCUAGUAUUGAACCCGAAGAUGUUUCCACAAUUGAUCAGUCCUUUCUCCAAGGGAAGAAUCAAGAGAAAGUUGAGGACCCUGCCGAGGUGAGACUAGAUACUGAAGGUGGUGAUGGGAAGGACGCUUUUUUGGUUGGUGGGGCUGUGCUUGAAGAGGAGGCCAGUGUGGAUGAAUCUCAGCCUGCUAGUAUUGAACCCGAAGAUGUUUCCACAAUUGAUCAGCCCUCUCACCUAGGGAAGAAUCAAGAGAAAGUUGAGGACCUUGCCGAGGUGAGACUAGAUACUGAAGUUGGUAAUGGGAAGGACGCUUCGCCAGUUGGUGGGGCUGUGCUUGAAGAGGUGCCCAGUGUGGAUGAAUCUCAGCCUGCUAGUAUUGAACCCGAAGAUGUUUCCACAAUUGAUCAGUCCUCUCUCCAAGGGAAGAAUCAAGACAAAGUUGAGGACCCUGCCGAGGUAAGACUAGAUACUGAAGUUGGUAAUGAGAAGGACGCUUCUUCGGUUGGUGGGGCUGUGCUUGAAGAGGUGCCCAGUGUGGAUGAAUCUCAGUCUGCUAGUAUGGAACCUGAAGAUGUUUCCAUAAUAGAUCAGUCCUCUUUCCAAGGGAAGAAUCAAGAGAAAGUUGAGGACCCUGCCGAGGUGAGACUAGAUACUGAAGUUGGUGAUGGGAAGGAUGCUCUCUCGGUUGGUGCGGCUGUGCUUGAAGAGGUGCCCAAUGUGGUUGAAUCUCAGUCUGCUAGUGUUGCACCUGAAGAUGUUUCCACAAUUGAUCAGUCUCUCUUAGGGAAGAAUGAAGAGAAUCUUGAGGACCCCUCUGAGGUGAGAAUGGAAAUGUGUGGAGCUGAUGAUGGGGGGGAUCCUACUCAGCUUACUGGGGUUGCGCUGGCAAAUGUACAGACUGGAGGUCAGUCACAGGUUGCUGCAUCGUUGCCGGAAACCAAAAAUGCAUCUUUCCAGGUGGAUGGCGAAGAGAAAGUCGAGGAUUCGUCUUUGGAGAAGAUGGAAGCUCAUGAAGAUAUACUUGGUGAUGGAAUUGAUGCAGGUGGGAAUGCUCCUGGAAGUGCAUCAGAAAGGUUGGGUCAUUUUCAGGACGUUGGAACUCUGACUGAAGACUCGUCAGAAAAGAACCCACCUCCAUCUUCUGCCGAUGCAAACGAUGAGUCGGUAGAGAAAGUUGCCGAGGAAAUUCCAGUUUCUGAUGACACAGAAGGAAGUAGGAGUGAGCUGGAUACGUAGAGAUUGCUACGGAGAGUCCUUGUAAUUUAUUGUGUUAACUACAACGUCACCAAACAUUAGCUCAUACAAUGUGUUUUAGUAGCUUAGAAAAUCAUAUUGCUCUUGUACCAACCUGUCUUGCAGUCGAUGUAUAUGGAGAAUAGGGACACAUCUUUAUAUGUAAAUUGCAAAGGCUAGUGCCUGUUUCGGGGUUGCUGUCA